AUGACGGAUCAAGAGUACAUUCUUUGCAUGUGGAAGAAGCGUUUAUGGCCAGCAAAGGUUUUGGGCAAAACUGAAGUUACUGGGAAGACAUCUAUUACUAACACAGAGGAGAAUUCUUUUAAAGUUGAAAUACUUAGCUUGAAAGAACAGAUUAAUGUGAACGGUGAAGAUGCUGUGCCACUGACGGAAGAAUGUAUAGAAAACAUCGCCUCUAACCUAGAUCAAAGGAAGAAUUCGAGUGAUGCUGUGGAAGAACUGAAAUAUCGCUGUUCUCUUAAAAUUGCGCUGGAUAUUUUGAAUCAAAAUGGCUCAGCCAGACAAGGACCACCAAAUACUCAGUUAUCCCAGGAGAACGAUGCGGGGUCUCUCUCAUAUACCCCCUUACGUAGUGGUCAAUCGCACUUUCACUCUAAAGAAAAGUUGGAGCCUGAGACUUCCAAGAGGAAAAGAGAACAAAAAAAUAACCCCAGCCUGAAGACUGAUACGAAAAAACAAAACCAGGAAGGCUCUUUGAUUCUGGAGGAGAGUGCGAAAGUGCAUGAAAGUGGAACAAACCCUUCCAAAUGUGAUACUGGGGGCUUGCAUAAUACAUCAAACUCUGACAGUCAAAAUUGCAAAAUACUGGAAACAAAAUCACUACCAAGACAGAAAAAAAUCAAGCCCAGAUUGUUCACAAAGUCCAAAACAGGAAUUAAAGCCUCCCUUAAGCCAAAGGAGAAAAAAGGUAAGCAAGGAAGAAAAACACCAAAGGGUGCAGGGUCACCUGCAUCGUGUGGGAAUGACUUCCCCAAGGAUCGCGCACAGCCCCUUGCUGAGGAAGGGUCUCCUCUGUCUGCCCCCCACAAGUCUGAUGCAGCAGGACCUGUCAGAAGGGCAAACACCAGAAAUCAACUGAGAAGGACGCUACUGGAUUCCUCUUGCAAAAGUGCCUCGGAUGACUUGGAAAAAAGCAUCAGUAAUGAGAGCGAAAGUCUAGCAAAGCAAUUAGGUGGAAGAAAAAAGCCAGGGAGUUUAAAGCAGAGGAAUGGAGAACAAGCGAUUGGUGCAACAGUGUCCUCGUACAGAAAAAGGAAAUGCAGGAAUUGCCCUGAGCCUUCAUCUGGACCUUCUGACCAUGGGACGCUUUCUGAUAGUUUCCCCUCUCAGUGUGAAGAGGAAGAAAAUAAGAACACUUCGCAUGUGGUUACGAAUAAAGCAAAGCGGUUUCAGCUGCCUGACUUUGAGGAAGAUGAAGGACUGGAAUUGUCUGACCUAUCUUCAAAGAUCGUUUCCUCAGAGAGUCUCUCUCGCCUCUCAGCUCUGGUAGAUGAAGAGGAGGAGGAGGAAGAACUUCCUAGUAUUUUAUCACAUCAAGAACCACAACCAAUUGAAGAAGGGAUUUUGGUCUGGUGCAAACUGCGGAGGUACCCGUAUUGGCCAGCAGUGGUAAAAAAUGUGAAGCGGAAACACAAAAAGGCAUGUGUGCUGUUAAUAGAAGGGGAUACGAAUGACAAGAAAAAAGGUUUCUCAGUACCUCUUAGGAAUCUGAAGCACUUUGAUUGCGAAGAAAAGCAGGACCUCAUUGAACGAGCCAAAGAAGAUUAUCGCCAAGAAAUUGAGUGGUGUGUUCGGUUGAUUUCUGACUAUCGCAUUAGAGUAGGUUGUCAUUCUUUUACGGGAUCCUUCUUGGAAUAUUUUGCUGCUGAUAUCAGCUACCCAGUUAGGAAGGAAGGUUAUCAAGGUUCAGUCCAAAUGACCUUUCCAAACAUGGCAGAGGAAGACCUUGAAGAGUCUUCAUCAGAAACUUCGCCUCAGAAGCCCUCCAAAAAACUUCUUCCUGACAGAACAAGAGCUGCUAGAGAUAAAGCAAAUAAAAAGAUAGUAGAGUUUAUAGUGAAGACUAAAGGGGCUGAAGAGCAUCUUUUGGCUAUUUUGAAAAGCAGAAAACAGUCCCGGUGGCUGAAGAAAUUCCUGAAUUCAAGUCAGUACGUGACCUGCGUUGAAACCUAUUUAGAGGAUGAAGAACAAUUAGACCUUGUGGUGAACUACUUGAAGGAAGUAUAUAGUGAAAUAAAAAGUAAAAAUCUGCAUCAGAUAAAUGGGGAUGGAAUAAAAUUUAUUUCGGAUGUCCUUUUGCCUGAAGCCAUCAUUUAUGCGAUUUCUGCUGUGGAUGACAUAGAUUACAAGAAGGCAGAAGAAAAGUACAUAAAAGGACCAUCUGUGAGCAAAAGGGAGAGAGAAAUAUUUGAUGAAGAAAUUCUAGAAAGAAAAAAGUUGAAGACCAAACUAUCAUCCACAGACAGCGUCUGA